AUGGCCAGUCCAAUCGUCCGAAUCAGCCCUUAUGAACUUCAUGUCAGUGACCCAGCGUUCUUAGAACAGCUCUAUCGCCAAGAAGGUCGUUGGCAUAAGUAUGACUGGGCUGUAGAUGCUUUCGCUGCUGAAGGUGGUACCUUGUUUACUGCCGACCACGACCUUCACAAGGCCCGUCGCCAACCCCUAAAUCCACUCUUCUCCAAAGCAAAAGUUGCUAGUCAGCAAGAGCUUAUUCAACGGCAUCUAAAUAAGUUAUCCAGUCGACUUUCUAAUUUCGCUUCAUCGGGAGCCAUGUUCAACUUAGGGGCCGCUAUCACAGUUAUUGCUAGGGAUGUUGCCAACGACUACAUCCUGGGCAAGAGCUACAAUAGCCUCGGCAGAGAGGAUUUUGAUGUUGCGAUGUUAACUGCUAGUCAAGGAUCAGGGCAAAUAUGGCGGCUAUCCAAGCACAUACGAUGGGUUGCCCCCACGCUAAUGGCCAUACCAGUUGACUGGAUUCUAAAAACUGCAGGUAAUGAUAUGAAGAUAUUUUUUCUUCAUAUUCAGGAAACAGAGAAAGACACCAAGACUCUUAUAUCGUCCGCGUCCUCUCCCCACCAGGAUCCGGGAGCUCGUCGUACCAUAGUCCAUGCAAUACUAGACUCAAAACUUUCUCUAACCGAGAAAUCCGCGGCCCGGAUAUUUCAGGACGUGACUACCUUAACAGGAGCUGGAUUCGAGACGACCGCUGGGGCUUUACGGGUUGUCAUUUUCCAUGUAUCCCAUAACGUUAAGAUCCUCAGGCUUCUUCGAGCAGAGUUCACUUCCAACAACAUAGAUUCCGGUAACGUAGAAGUCAAAACCCUGCAACAGUUACCUUAUCUCACAUCAAUUAUCAUGGUAGGCCUUCGCUUAAGCCCGGCCAUUGCCACACGAAUGUCACGCAUUAGUCCGGAUAAGGAUUUCUUCUACGGUGAUCGGCGAAUACCUGCCGGUACUCCUAUUGGGAUGACGUCAAUCAUAUUACAUAUGGACGAAGCUCUUUAUCCUGAUCCUAAAAGCUUCAAUCCCGGGCGGUGGAUGAAUUUGGAGUCUCGUAAGAUGGCUGAGAAGACUUUCAUGCCGUUUUCAAGAGGCACAAGAAUAUGCCUCGGAAUGAAUCUAGCAUGGGCGGAAAUGUAUUUAAUUGUUGCCACCCUUGUGCAACGCUACAACUUCCAAUUCCAGGAUGCCACAGCUGAAGAUUUCGAGUGCAUUAGCGAUCAAUUCGCUAUUGGAACGAAAGGUCGAGGCAUGCUUUCAUGGGUUAAUUGCUCUGAGGCCGGAUAUGGAGGCUACGAUUAUGUCUGA